GUCAGUGAGCGGGAGCCGCUGAGGAGGCCUGAGGGGCCGCGCCGGGCUGUCCCGGGCGAGCUGCAGAAUCGGACCGGGCUGGACCGGCCUGGGCCGAGCCGAGCCGAGCCGAGCCGUGUCGUGUCGUGUCGUGUCGUGCCGUGCCGGAGCGUGUCUCUCUGAAGCUGGGAAAUGGCAGUGAUGGGAAUUGCAUGCCAAGGAGCUCCUGAUCCAGCCAGCAAGCACAAAAAGGAGCUCACGGCUGCCGAGGGGCUGAAGGAGACAGUGAGUGAAAAGCAGAGCAGUGUUUGCAAAGUAGAAGAUUCAAAGAAGGUCAUCUUUCACAGUCAGUGGAAAAUCCUGAAUGAUGUAAUCACCAAAGGAACAGCAAAAGAAGAAACAGAAGGAGGCUGUGCAUCAAUUUCUAUUAUUGCCCAAGCAGAAUGUGAAAACAGUCAGGAGUUCAGCCCCACUUUAUCAGAGAGAUCCUUUAUUGCCCACAGUAAACGUUACAGCAGCCGCUCGGACAGUCUCGAUCACAUCCCCAACAAUGUGGCCCACGCCACGGAGGGCAGGAUGGCACCCACCUGGAGAGGGAGGCACCGGGGCAGGGCCAAGAAGAAAAGGCACAAGAAAAGAUCCAAGCUGAAAGGACAACCUGUGGCUGCUGGCAGGAGAAGUCCAAGAACUCCAGAACAGGAGAGCUGCACCCCAAUUCCUGUCCAGGAGGAUGAAUCCCACCAAAGUACUCUUUACAGAAACAGUUUCUGGGUUCCUGAAUUUAACAAGGACUUGUGCUAUGAUCCGCUGUCUUUUGAGAAGCCUGCCCAUGCCCCUUUGUCCAUGGGCAAACUCCAUUCCCCAAGGAGCCAAUACAAAACUGAACUGCACAAGCUGAUCAGCCCUAUUCAGUGCCUUAAUCAUGUUUGGAAACAGAGGGACACUGUUCCCCAGCCUGAGACUCUCCAUCCUUUUCCCUACAACAUCCUUCCCCCCCAUUUCCCACGUGUGGACAAUCCUCUCCAUGCCAUGAAGCACAAUGCUCUGGACACAUACUUCCAUGGUGACCUCAACUAUCAAGACAGUAGUUUAUCUGGCUUAAACUUAGAAUAUAAUUUCACCAAGUGCAUCAACCAGUCCGUGCAAACCAGUUCAGAUAAGCUUUCUGUGGAAGAAUAUUUGGUAGAUGCCUUGAAAGGGAGCGUGAGUUUUGGUGAACCGCAAAAUUUAGCCAGCCUGGCCAAGACGUGGAGAGGAGGAGGAGGGCUGGAGCCGAAGGAACAAUUCCGUGAAACGAGUGAAAAUGAAGGCGUGCUGCUGAACGAGAAGCUGAAGCCGGUGGAUUACGAGUACCGAGAAGAGGUUCACUGGACCAAGUGCCAUGGUUCCUUGGGCAUUGGCUCUUUUGGGGAAGUGUACAAGAUCGAGGACAAGCAGACAGGAUUUCAGUGUGCUGCCAAGAAGGUGCAGGUGGAACACUUCCGCGCCGAGGAGCUGACGACGUGCGCGGCCGUGACGAGCCCCAGCGUGGUGCCGCUCUACGGUGCCGUCAAGGAGGGUCCCUGGGUCACCAUCUUCAUGAAGCUGAUGGAGGGUGGUUCAUUAGGGCAGCUCAUUAAACAGAGUGGCUGCCUGCCAGAGGACAGAGCCCUCAGCUACCUGGGCCAGGUGUUGGAGGGUCUGGAGUAUCUUCAUGCUCAAAACAUUCUCCAUGGAGAUGUCAAAGCGGAGAACGUGCUGCUGUCGGACGAUGGGAGCAGGGCCCUCCUGUGUGACUUUGGCCACUCUGCUCACCUGCACCCUGACGGGCUGGGAAAGUGCUUGGUCACAGGGAACUACGUGCCUGGCACAGAGACCCACAUGGCCCCAGAGGUGGUGAUGGGGAAGCGCUGUGACUCCAAGGUGGACGUGUGGAGCAGCUGCUGUAUGAUGCUGCACAUGCUCAACGGCUGCCACCCCUGGACCCAGUACUACAACCACCCUCUCUGCCUGAAGAUCGCUAAAGAGCCGCCUCCUCUGAGGGAAAUUCCACCUUCCUGCAACCCUCUCACUGCUGAGAUUAUUAAGCUGGGGCUGGAGAAGGAGCCUCUGCACAGGGCAUCUGCGUCGGAGCUCAAAACUAAGACCAGUGUGGCACUGGAGGAAGUGGGAGGUGUGAAAAGCCCCUGGAAAGGUGAAUACAGAGAGCCCAGACAUUUCUCUUUGAAUAAAGAAAACAGUGCACAGACGUCCCUGUCCCCGCUGAGUCCAGUUUCUGAGACUGGUUCUGACCCAAAACUGUCGGUCAAAGUUUCCUGUGCCAGUCCUGUCCUACCACCUCCAUCUCUGGAGCAAACAGAGGAGGCUGAGGGAACCCACUGGAAUGAGGGCAAGGAGAUACCUGAGCCCUGUGAUCCCCCACCUCUCUCCUCUACUCCUCUGCCCCUGAAGAGCUGCAGCCACGUGGAAAGAGCCACAACCAUUUCAGAGCAAGAACUUCAGCAGCUGGAAAUUGAACUGUUUCUGAACAGCCUUUCCCAGCCUUACUCUCUGGAAGAACAAGAGCAAAUGCUUUCGUGCCUCAGCAUCGACAGCCCCUUUGUGUCAGAUGCCAGUGAGAGGAACUCCAUGAAGGCCUCUCACAGCUUGAGGGACACCAUGAGCUCUGGGAUCCAUUCCUGGAACAGCCAGGCAGACGGGCAGAGCUGCAGCUGGAACAACCUGCUGAGCCGCAGCCGGCACACGGACACCCCCAGCUGCUUCAACGGAGUGAAAAUCCAGAUCCAGUUGCUGAGUGGAGAAAAUUUGCACAUCAGGGACUUCCACAGGACAAAGGUGGGAGACAUUGCCACGGGGAUAAGCAGCCAGAUCCCCGUGCCCGCCUUCAGCCUGGUGACCAAGGAGGGGCAGCCCGUGCACUACGACAUGGAGGUGCCCGACUCUGGCAUCGAGCUGCAGUGCACCCUGGCCCCCGACUGCAGCGUCAGCUGGGCCUGGCGCGUCAAGCACGGCCAGCUGGAGAACAGGCCCUGAAGAAGCUCUGCCUG